UCGUCGGUCGUCGGAGUCGGUCACAACAACGGAUUCCUCUUCACUUUUCGCGCGCGCGUUGGGGACCUAUUUUUAGUCCGGGUUCGGAACACCGUUGACACAGUAAUCGCGCGUCCUUUGAACCGAAAACGACAACACUAAUCAGCCAAGGACCUGUUUGGCAAACGUUUGUCGUCGGUGGGAUUCCUGGGAGUGUGCCACGUGAGAGAAUCGAGGACACGUGGCGUGGGGUGGUGGAGGAAGUCGGAGGACGAAAAAAAGCAAAGUUUUAUCGAUUCUGGAGCAUUAAAAACAAAACACACCACAUUACUUACGAUCCCGUUGUGGUCGAGGGCUGUUGAGAAAAACGUGGCGGUGGUCAUCAACAAGCUUCAUCCGGAAUCUGGAUCUACCUCGGAAUACCAAAAGAAAAGUGUGACCGCAAGUGACAAGUGAAUUUCCCGAAAACCCAAGCCCAGUGGAAACCCAAGUGCAGAAAAAAAAAAGUUUGAAUAUGAAUCUUGCCCAAGCGCGCAAAGGAUUAUGAAUGCAGUUUCCUUAUUUAGUGUCUUCUAUCUGUCAUCAGCGCUAUGGAUUCACGCCGUUGCCGGAGCUUUCGACUAUCGACUUCCAGCCGACGUUAAGAAGUACGAUAAGAAUGUCAAACCAGGUUCACUUACCGACAUAUCAGUAUCACUCUACAUCAAUCGAAUAUCGGGAGUGGAUGAAAACAAAGAGGAAAUCUCCAUCGACGUGUUCCUGCAGGUGUCGUGGGAGGACCCCCGGCUGGUACCGGUGGACGAUCCGGUGGCGCCCCUGACGAAGCAGUACGUCGAGCUGACGCUGGCCGAGCGGGAAACCGUCUGGGUGCCGGAUCUGUACAUCCGGCAGCUGCGCGAACUCAAAGUGAUGGCCCUGCUCGAGGAGCUGAGCAGUUUGCGGCUCUACAAAAACAGCACCCUGGUGCUUAGUAUAGGAGCUACAAUAAUCUUCAAAUGCGAUAUGGAUUUCGUAUUGUAUCCCUUAGACGUACAAAGAUGCCCCGUAGAUUUUAGCAGCUAUAAGUAUACCGUUAAGGAAAUGCGCUUCCGCUGGCGCACCGAGAACGCCCUCACGUUUCCGCACGACUUCGGGGACGGGUUCUUCCGGCUGCCAAAGUACGUCGUCUCGUUCUACACCGAGCAGGAACCGCAGACGAUCCACUACGGCGACGGUGAGCCAGGCCCCCACAACCACAGUUCGGCCCGGCUGGAGAUCACCCUUUCGCGGGAGGUCAAGAGCUACCUGCUGGAGAACUACCUGCCCUCGACGCUGUUCGUGUCCAUGUCCUGGGGUUCGUUCGUCGUCGUGCCGGAAAUCGUCCCGGGCCGGAUGGUGCUGCUGGUGACGACGCUCCUCUCGCUGAUCACCAUGUUCGACACGGUCCGGAACAACUCGCCGGACGCGCUCGAGCUCAAGUGUCUCGAGGUGUGGCUGAUAUCGUGCACGCUGUUUGUGUUUUUCGCCCUGAUGGAGUAUUUCAUCGUGCUGUUUGGCAUUCGCUACGACAAGCACUGGCGAGUGGCGGCCAAAGCGCAUCAUCAUCACCACCUUGGUGGUGGGGGAGGAGGAGCAGGAGGACACAGCAGUGUACACGUGUCGGCACCGCCCGUCCAGCUGCAGCAGUCGACGCUCAGCCUCAGCCAGAGCACCGUCGAGACGCCGAUGAACUCCAGCCACGCGCAGCGUGAAAACGGCCUGGAGAGCAACGCUGCGGCAGGACUUUCCGGUGGCGGUGGUCUCAAGGUGCCCGGCGGUGCCACCAACAAGGUCCAACCCCAGGAAUCGGACCCCACCAAGCUUGGCGGCGUCGGCGUCAGCGGUGGUUCGAUCAGCAACCUGUCCGGGAGCUUCCAAACGACGCAACACGUGACUUCCGUAAUGACCCGAAGACGUGUUUACAGCUUCCGGAACGUGGCGGACGUGGCCCUGAUGUACGCCGGCUCCCAGCGCGGCCGGCUGGACCAAAUCUCACUGAUAAUCUUCCCGCUGAGCUUUCUCAUCUUCACGAUCGCCUACUGGACCAUGUACAUCAGCGAGUCGAACCGGAAGAAGCUUUGAUCCGGCGAGCUUCCCCUUUCCUGUCCAUUCUUCCCCCCGUUUUUGGUCAGCUUUAUUGAAGUAGUUUGUUAUCUUAUAGAAAGGAGAUAAUCAUGGUAGCCAGAUAAGCCCGAAAGAAAAACAAAUCAAAAGAUAGUUAUUAUUAUACAAAGUGUAAAUCAAACAUCAAACAAAGAAUCGCAUUAGACAC